AAACUUGCGAAAAUUGUAAAUUUCCUAUGAUAGCAGCACGAAGUCAAGCAUGCUGAGACCCCGACGCGUCCUGGCUGGUUUGGCGCUUGCAACCUUAGCUUACGUAGCCUUAGCUGGACUUUUAGCAGGGGCACACGCAGCCGCAGCUUUUGAAGGUUUCCAUAAUGUGAACCUCCUCAGUCCCAGCGGUAUUGUACACGCAUUUCGCGCCUUUUGGGACAUCGUAGGUCCUGGCGGCAAGCUUCAUCCAGCUUACUUCCUGGAGCACAAAGGACAUCUUGUCAUUGAGGGCGUGCUGAUUUUGGCCAUCGUGUAUCUAGCACUUCAACAUUCCUUCAAAGUGCAACGCCGCGCAGAGGGUCCCCUAACUGAAAAGGAAAUUGAGCAGUUGUGUCGGGAAUGGACGCCAGAGCCCCUGGUACCUACCUUGGCGGGGGUGGAGGAGCCGCCACAGCCCCAAGUAAUCACCGGGCUAGACGGGCCGUAUGUGUACCUAAAGGGGCGCAAGGAUAAAGUGGUCAACAUGGCCUCAUCUAACUACCUAAACAUGGCAAACAAUAAAGAAAACAAGAAAGAUAGCAUUGAGACGGUGGACACUUACGGUGUGGGGUCGUGCGGACCCCGUGGGUUCUACGGCACCAUUGACAAGCACCUUGACUUGGAGAAGGAGCUUGCGGACUACUAUGGCACGGAGGCCGCUAUCAUAUACUCAUACGAUGUGGCCACGAUUGCUUCCAUUAUCCCUGCGUUCGCCAACCGAAAAGACAUAAUAGUUUGUGACGAGUACUGCUCAUAUCCCAUCCAAGCGGGCUGCACCGUCAGCCGGGCCAAGGUGGCUACGUUUAAGCAUAACGACAUGGACGACCUCACGCGCGUGAUUGAGAAGCUGGAAGCUGAGGAGAAAGCAAAGCGCAAGCCGCUAUGCCGGAAGCUCAUCGUGGUGGAGGGCAUCUACGCCAACUACGGUGAUGUGGCGCAGCUCAAGAGCAUCUGGGAGAUUAAGAACAAAUACAAGUACCGCUUGAUGGUCGAUGAGUCUCAUGCGUUUGGUGUCCUGGGUGCCACGGGACGCGGAGCCUCUGAGCACUUCGGUCUCAAACCAGGACAGGUGGAAAUUAUUGUUGCGUCCAUGAGCCAUGCCAUGGGCAGCGUGGGUGGCUUUUGCGUGGGCGACCGGGACAUUGUAGAGCACCAGCGUCUCUCAGGCUCGGGUUACUGCUUCUCCGCGUCGUUGCCGCCGUACCUCGCCGUGGCGGGAAGCACCAUGCUCAAGCUGCUAAAGCCGGACAAGACCGGGAGCAGUCCAGGCAAGGAGCUCAUGUCAUUGCUGCAGAAGAGGAUCAAGUCCCUGAGGGAGCAGCUGUUUGGCGGUGCAACGCUUCCGUCCCCUGUCUUGCACUUGCAUUUGGCAAAGCCCAGCGGAAACGCAUCGGAGGAUUUGUCAACUCUAGUUCACGUGGCAGACCACAUGCUGGUCAAUGGCGGUGUGCUGGUGGGCGUGUCUCAGUACAGCAUGCUUGACAUCCACCAGCCGCCCCCCAGCCUUGUCAUGUUUGCAAACGUGGGGCUAGGGGAGAAGGAAAUUCUUAUCGUUGUGGCGGCGCUUCGCAAGGCGGUUAAGGACGUCAUCAAGGCGUGAGCAAGGCGACCGAGGCACGCUGGCCAGCCGUGUUUUCAAGGUUUAAAGGUUGAGUGCUAACUGCGGACAAAGUGUGGCCCUGUUGGCUCGCGACAGGGAAUGACUGAAGCCCCAUCGGUGUGAGUAUUUUUGCUGAUAACAGUACCUUGCAGGCAGCAAAAGCCUGCCACUAUUGGAACCGUAAGCUGUGGACAAACCAUGGCAGACCAUGACCUUAGCUGGGCGAUCCCACCGCUAGCUCCUGUGGAAGAAGAGGGAGAUUGACAGGACCGUCGAGAACUGACCGUCCCCAUACGGCAGUCAUGAUGGCGAUACGCGCGCCUGUAGUUCCUAGCUGGCUGGGAGGAUUUUUGUGAUCGACCUGCUCUCAAUAGGCAGGGGCUUGACGUUUAGACCCGUAUGUGAUUGGUAUGGCGACUUAUCCAAAAGAGCCGGUCCCUUGCUGAGGCUGGCAGGGUGUGGCGGUUCAUGGUGUUUGUGAUGAUGGCCUGCGAGGCCUUGAAACAUGUUCUCAAGCGAUGGAGUUUUGGGUUGCUUGUGUGACGGCCGUUCCCCUGUCCUUCUUGUAAGUGUGCACCAUCGCAAU